AUGGAGGCUUUCUCUCUGAAUUCCUCAAUCUCUUAUGCAGUUAAGUCUUCCAAGUUCAGCCAUGUAAGGCUUUCUAUACGCACUCGGAGCAGCAAGGUCUGCUGCCAAACUGGUAACCAUGCCAUCAAGUCUACUGGGAUCUCUUCUGUUCUCACAGAGACGCCCUCUGCCUUGAUCCAAGAUCAUGGACCCGCGUUGAUGGAAACCGGGAGUUUAGUCUUGAGCCCCAAUGGGAAGGAUGAAGGCAUCGGCAUUGUCAAAUUUUUAAGAGGGAAGACCUUCCUCAUCACUGGUGCAACUGGAUUUCUGGGAAAAGUUCUCAUUGAGAAAAUGCUGCGGACGGCUCCUGAUGUUCACAAGAUAUUUGUUCUGAUCAAGGCCAAGAGCAAAGAAGCUGUAGCAGAGAGAUUGAAAAAUGAAAUCAUCAAUGCCGAACUGUUCAAGAAUCUGAAACAAAUUCAUGGAAAAUCUUAUCAAGCUUUCAUGUUGAGUAAGUUAAUUCCUGUGGUUGGAAAUGUCUGUGAAACUAAUCUUGGAUUAGAUGAAGAUGCAGCUGAGUUCAUGACUAGAGAGGUUGAUGUAAUCAUAAAUUCUGCAGCAAAUACCACUUUUGAUGAAAGGUAUGAUACAGCCCUUGACAUAAACACAGGCGGCCCGACUCGACUCAUGAGCUUCGCCAAACAAUGCCUGAAAUUGAAGCUUUUCGUACAAGUAUCGACAGCUUAUGUAAAUGGACAAAGGCAAGGCAGAAUCAUGGAAAAACCUUUCUGCAUAGGUGAAACUAUAGCAGGUGAGACCGUUAACGGAAACCAUCAAGUCUCACUUCCCAAAUUGAGUGUUGAAGAUGAAAUAAAGAUAGUUGUGGAAGCAAAGAAAACUCUUGGAGAUGAUUCAUUGCUUCAGGCUAUGAAAGAAUUAGGAAUGCAGAGGGCUAAGAAAUUUGGAUGGCAAGAUACAUACGUGUUCACAAAGGCUAUGGGAGAAAUGAUGAUAGAUAAUUUAAGGGGUGACGUACCAGUAGUCGUGAUUAGACCCAGUGUCAUCGAGAGCACGCACAAAGAACCAUUCCCUGGAUGGAUGGAAGGAAACAGAAUGAUGGAUCCGAUCAUAUUGCAAUAUGGAAAGGGGCAGCUCACAGGAUUCCUUGUCGACCCCAAUGGAGUUCUUGAUGUAGUUCCAGCGGAUAUGGUUGUUAACGCAACCUUAGCAGCCAUGGCAAAGCACGGGGCAGUUGGGAAACCAGAGUGUAGCAUUUAUCAGGUGGCAUCAUCUGUUGUCAACCCAUUAGUUUUCAGGGACCUAGCCAAAUUGCUCCAUGAGCACUUCAGUUCCUCACCCGUCAUGGAUUCGACUGGGACUCCAGUUUGUGUUCCAAAAAUGAAGCUAUUCAGCUCUAUGGAUGAUUUCUCUGAUCACCUGUGGAGGGAUGCAAUCAAUAGAACCGGAUUAGGAGCUCUGGCCAACCUUGAUGGCAAGUUGUCCCAAAAGCUCGAAUUCAUCUGCAAAAAAUCAGUGGAACAAGCAAAGUAUCUAGCAAGUAUCUAUGAAUCAUACACAUUCUAUGGCGGAAGGUUCGACAACAGAAACACCCAAAGAUUGAUGGGAUGCAUGUCGAAGGAAGAGAGACAACAGUUUGGUUUCGAAGUUGAGAACAUCAACUGGAAAGACUACAUCAUUAAUGUGCACAUUCCGGGGUUAAGGAGGCAUGUCAUGAAGGGAAGAGGCAACAGUUAAUGCAGCUUCAGUCAAACAAAAGACUUAUGAUUAAUUUCUGUAGCCAACUGUAAAAGGGUGUUUUCUUUUUCUCUAUUUCUAUUCAUGUUUAGCACAACUUAUGUACUAUCCACUAAGAAGAGGCCGGCAAUUUGCCACUUCAUAAAAUAUUUAUAGAACAGUCAACCAUGCGUCUAGGAUAAA